AUGUGUGUACGGCUUGCGUCAAUAGGGCAGUGCAGACCCCACUCCGUUCAACUCCGCUCAGCUCAGCUGAACAUCAGCUCUCGCCAAACAUAAAACCACCACCCUCCCCCUCAAUCCCCUCCCCCACCCUUCACCCCCUAACCCACCACCACCGCAGCCCCCACGACACCGCACGAAACAAACCAAAAUGCGCAACCUCUUCUCCUCCAAAAAAGACAAAUCCACCCCUCCUCCCGCGGCUUCCACCCCGCCCCCGCAGUACCAGCAACAUCAGCAGCAGCAGCAGCAGCAGCAUCAACCGCAGCAGCAGCAGCGCCCCGACGACGCCGCGCGAUCCGCACUCUUCGGGUCCCGCGCGCAGCAAUCACCCGCACAGCACAACCCCUACGGCGCACCCCCGCAGCAGCAGCAGCAGCAGGGCGGGGGGUACGGGGGCUACGGCGGGUACGGCCAGCCACCACAACACGGCCGCGCCGACUCCUCCAGCACGCUCGACCACAAGAAGCACGAGCUGUUCUCUGGGCGGCAGCCCGCCUCGGCCGCGCCGCCCGCGUACGGCGCUCCGCCGUCCUCGGGGGCGUCCUCGGGGGCGUACGCGCGGCCGACGGGGUACGCGGACGACAACGGGGCGGACCGGGUAUUGAGCGCGGAGGAGGAGGAGGCGGAGGACGUGGAUGCGGUGAAGCAGCAGAUACGGUUUACGAAGCAGGAGUCGGUGUCUAGCACACGGAACGCGUUACGGAUCGCCGCGCAGGCGGAGGAGACGGGGCGGACGACGCUGGCACGGCUCGGGGAGCAGGGGGAGAGGCUGCAUAAUACCGAGAAGAACUUGGAUAUGGCCGCCGCGCAUAAUAGGGUCGCUGAUGAGAAGGCGAGGGAACUCAAGACACUCAAUCGCAGCAUGUUUGCGGUUCAUGUCGCGAAUCCGCUCAAGAGUAAGAGCCGUGCGGAGGCGGAGGAGAGGAAGAUCCUCGAAAGGCACGAGAGUGAGCGCAGCGAGCGGGAGCGGACCAGGCAGCAGGGGUAUGCGGCGCGGGAAGGGGUGGGGAAGGCGCUUCGCGGCGGGGCGGGCGGGAUGGGCAUGGGCGGGGCGGGCAGCAGGGGCGGGAAGCUUUCCAUGGCGGAGAGGAGCAAAUACCAGUUUGAGGCGGACGAGAGCGACGACGAGAAGGAGAGGGAGAUUGAGGGCAAUCUGGAUGCCCUGGCUGGCGUCACGGGACGCCUGAAGGGCCUGGCUGUUGCUACCGGACAGGAGGUCGAUAGGCAGAACAGGCAGAUCGAGAAUAUCUCCAAGAAGAGCGAUGGUGUCGACAACCAGAUUGCGCUCACCCACAAUGCUAUCAAGAAGAUUCAUUAGAUUGCGGAUGCAGGAUAAUGAUUUAUGGAGUUUGUUCUGUUUUUCUGUUUUUGCUUUGCAUGCUUUACGGUUUCCAGAUGCGGGUACACGGAUGGAAUCUGACUGGAUGUUUAUUGAUGUACUCGUUUCGACUAAAAAUGCGGAUCUCGUUCUUUGGGUAUGCUGUCAAGAGCCUUCAGUGGUUGAAACGGGUCCGGACUGACAACUGUCGUGGAGCCAUGCGAGUGAUAAUAUGUGAUUACCAAGGCGAGAACAUCUAGUUACUCU